UCUCGACAAAAGCAUCAGCUCAGAAACAUGAGGGAUUGUCUCCUGUGGAACUUCGCCAAAGUGAUUCUGUUCUGGACAUUAGUUGAUGCUCAGGCAGGUGAAGAUGGUGAGAUUACAGCUGAAGAACAGGUGCAGAUGCUGCUGGAUGCGAAGCUGCAGUGUCUACAGAAGGUCUCCACAGAUGACCCUGCAGUUGGUGUGUGUGUCCCAGAGUGGGAUGGUCUGAUAUGUUGGCCGCAAGGCUUCCCUGGAACUCUGACCAAGACCCCCUGUCCCAGAUACAUCUAUGACUUCAACCAUGCAGAACACGCUUACAGGAGGUGUGACUCUAAUGGUUCCUGGGUGCUUGCAGAGAGCUCAAACAAGACCUGGGUCAACUACACUGAAUGCAUCAAAUCCCCAGAACCCAACAAAAAGAGACAGGUCUUUUUUGAACGACUGCACAUCAUGUACACAGUAGGCUAUGCAGUUUCCUUCAGCUCUCUUCUAGUGGCCAUCUUUAUUAUUGGAUACUUCAGGCGUCUCCACUGCACCAGGAACUACAUUCACAUGCACCUGUUUGUUUCCUUCAUGCUGCGUGCUGUCAGCAUCUUUGUGAAGGAUCACGUGGUACACACUAGUGCCAGGCUGCAGGAAUUUGAUGCUGUGCUUAUGAAUAACUUCACUAAUGCUGUGGAUGUGGCACCAGUGGACACUUCACAGUAU